GAAAAGGCCCCGCUCCUCCCAUCCUGCCCACACAGCGAGACCGGGAGACGGACGGGAGCGCUGUCCUGCUCUGCUGAACCAUGGCUGGGAAAACACUAUUCCUGUGGCUCCUUCUCCUCCUCACCGCAGAUGCAAAGGAAAAAUCCCAGCGGUACAGAAAGCCCUUCUGCGGGGACAUGACCGUGGCCCAGGCGUGUCCUCUGAACUACUCCCCUGUGUGCGGCACUGAUGGAGUCACCUACCCCAACGAGUGUACGCUCUGCGUGCAGAGGCUGGAAACCAAUGCUGACAUCUUGAUUGCAAAAGAGGGGCGGUGCUGAGGACUGAUGAUU